GGCGUCUUUCUCCAUCGCUCAUCAUACUCCGCCGUCGUUCAACAUGGCGGGCCUCUUUACGAACCUCCUGCAGUGGCUCAGUGGCCUGUUCUUCUCCAAGACCGCCGAGAUCGCGGUUGUCGGGCUUCAGGCAUCGGGGAAGACGUCUUUUGUGAAUGUGAUAGGGUCCGGGCAGUGGAGCGAGGAAGUAGUUCCGACCGUCGCAUUCAACUUCAGGAAGGUCCGGAAGGGGAACGUCUCCCUGAAGAUAUGGGAUGUUGCUGGUCAACCCAAGUUUCGCUCAAUGUGGGAACGCUACUGUUCAGGCGUUGACGCCGUCGUCUUCGUCGUCGACUCGGCUGACCGCGAGAAGUUCAACACGGCGCGAUUCGAGCUCCAUCAGCUUCUACACCAGCAGACGCUGACCGGCGUUCCCUUACUGGUGCUGGGCAACAAGAACGACGUCGAUGGGCAUGCCGGCGUGAAGGAGCUCAUCAAGGCUUUGCAGCUCGACAAAAUUUCUGACCGCCCUGUUUCCUGCUACUCUUGCUCAAUGAAGAGCCAACACAACCUCGACAUUGUCCUUCAGUGGCUUUCGGGGAAGAGCCAUUGAGUUACCUCUUUUACCAGCUUCCAUGGCUGCAGCAAUCAUGACAGACACGAACACGAACAGCCAUGCCCUCAUGUACGCAUGGUAUAUAUCCUCGAACCUGCAUCCAAGAUUCUGUACAGUACUAGUUUAUCGGGUUAAUUAAUGUAUACAUGUAAUCCAGCACACAGGCGUCAGCUCAUACACCGAUGGAAAGCUUCCAAGGUCUCCUUCGGUGCGUCCCACUGGGA